GUAGAAGAAGAAGUAAAAGGAAAAGAGGCUGCGGUGAAAACAAACCGAUGCGCACAAAUCACCUUUUUAUCGUAGCUACUUAGACUAUUUUUGCCUUACUGUGUUACAGUUUUGCCUGUAUUUAGCAUUUAGUUUGAUUUAUUUUUACUUACUUUGCUCUAACUAACCUUAAGAUUUAUAAAUUAGAGAUAUAAGUCAGAAUCUGAGCUGUUAGCUGACAGUAAGCUAAUCAGAGCUAGCUCGGCUUUGACAGGAGAUUCAGUUUGAGUUUCGGAGCGAGUCGUUAAAAACUUAAUUCAGCUUUAAAGAGGUGAAAUCAUGGCGGAUGAUUAUGAAUUCACCGAUGACACAAGCAUGAUGAGAAUGGAGGAGGAUGGAGAGGCGACCUGUGAUGACCCGAUGUCUGCGGCUGGGGACGGUGGCCUGAUGGGGGGCGAGGCCGAGGGAUCGAGGAUCGACGCCAGUAAAAACGAGGAAGAUGAGGGGUACGGGGACACCAUCAGACACCCAAACUUUGUGACCUCUAUGUAUUAGUAUAUUAAGAUACUCAAAGCUGUGGUUAAACUCUAAAAAAAGCUGUUUUUUUAAAUGUGUAUUUGCAGGAAGAUGUUUGUUGGAGGACUCAGCUGGGACACCACCAAGAAGGACCUGAAAGACUACUUCUCCAAGUUUGGAGAGGUUGUAGACUGCACAUUAAAACUAGACCCCAUGACCGGCCGUUCACGGGGAUUUGGCUUUGUGCUUUUUAAAGAGCCUGAGAGUGUGGAGAAGGUAAACUGAGUGAAUACUUAAUUACUGUGUGAUACAGUCUGUUAAAUAUUGACCUUUGAGCUCGAAUCAGAUUUCCUGUCCUGAUGAUGAUGAAUGUCUCAGUUAGGGCGAUAUAACAAUAUAUAGGGGAGAGUGGGGUAAGAUGAGCCAUUUUUCAUAUUUCGGAUCACUACAUCAAGACAAUCAUAGUUUUGUCUCUAACUAGUGUAUCUGCAUAUAUUGAUGUUGUUCAAGAUGUUGUGCAUCCCUGCAAACCAACAGAAUGAGUGUAAACAUAACUGUCUUGAUAAUAUAGCAUGACAAAAAAAGUGGUCUCCUAAGGUCAACUUACCCUGUGUAUGGGGUAAGUUGACCAUAGAAGCGGGGUAAGUUCUGCUGUAUCCCUACUACCCCCCACUCUCCACCCCAGCCCUUCCUCACCUUCUCUCUCCCUAAAUAACAGUCACUUCUUCACAUUCAUGUGUAUUUUUAUCUAUUAUACGCUUUUCAACUGGUACAAUGAUUAUUUUUAUUAUUAUUGCAUAUAACUGUUAAAAAGCUGUUUAAAAAAAACCCAUUUUGACAUGAGAAUGUCUUUAAGUGAUUCAGAACAUUCACUGCUGUAUUUUUGGAAAGAAAAAGUCAAACAUUUCAACAAUCUGAACGGAAACUCUGAUCCUCUCAUCAGACUCCUUUACUUUCUCAGUUACCCCAGAACUACUAUGAUGACUUUAUUAGUCCUUUAAGCUAAAAUGGUGGACUUUUAUGCUAGUUUCUGACCUCAUGUUGUAGCUCAUAGAUACCACAAUUGAUAUAAAAAACAAAUUUAAAAUGAUCUUUUUUUGGUCUGAAUACAAUUCUAAUAAAACUUAAGACAGACUAAAUUCACUUUCAAGAGUAAAAAAUGUUUUUUUUGGAAAUAAAUGUCGAACCCCUUCACUCAUGUGCUUCUAACCUUCACAGACUCCAUGAAUUGAUGCCCAUCUGCUAAAUAUUUGGUGACAUGAUCAAUUUCUUUGACCAUUUCUAAGCAACGGGGGGUGGCUCAACUAACCCUGUGGCUGAACUUACCCCACUCUUCCCUAUCAAAACUUAAUUUCCCCCGAUAUCAGUAUAAAACAUGGUCAAUAUCCUUUUCAAUAGUCGGCAUUCUGCCAUGUUUUGGUGGACUAUACAAAUAGCCAAUGAAAAGGGGAGUUUCUCCAGGUCCGCUUUGUGCGAGCCAAUCAUGUGCUGAAUCAGAACUAAGUAGCAAACAACUGCGUUGCAGCAGACAGCAGCUACACGCAACCAUAGCACUUUAACACGUGUGGCCGACAGCACUGUUUGUGAGAAAAAAAGAAAAUGAGUGCUCCCCCCAACAGAAAUGCAGAUGAAGGCUCAACAGAUGACGAUAUUGUCGACAAGACUGGCACAAAAAACAUCAGUGGUGUGGAGGUAUUUUGUUUUUUUGAGGUCAGACAUGAAGAAGGGUAAUGCGCACUGCAAAUUAUGUCGAGUACAGUCGGGGAAUACCUAAAAUCUUUUUCACCACCUGAAGCAGCGGCACGCAGCAGAGCAUGCACAAUGCAAAAGGUUACAAACCUGGAGCAGAGCAAGGAGCCCAUGGCGCCUGUACAGCCGACCAUUGAGUCCGUUUUCUUUAGUGCAACGCCUUACGAAAAAACGUCGAAGAGACACAAAGACCUCACAGAUGCAGUAGCUUACUGUAUUGCAAAAGACAUGCUACCAAUAAGCACUGUUAAAUUUCAAUUUUUACAUCGUGAUAUAUAUCGAUAUCGACUGAUAUGAAAAAAAUAUAUUGUGAUAAACUUUUUUCCCAUAUCGCCCAGCCCUAGUCUCAGUAGGCACUGGCAUCCUGUCAUGUUUACCUGGAAACUGUUCACGCUGAGCAUUAUUGUCAGAUAUUGAUCAGGUGAUUGUUUUCUGUCAUCUAGGUCGCCACACAGAAGGAGCACAAACUGAAUGGAAAGGUCAUCGACCCCAAAAAAGCCAAGGCCAUGAAGAGCAAGGAGCCGGUGAAGAAGAUCUUUGUUGGCGGUCUCUCUCCUGACACUCCUGAGGAGAAAGUCAGAGAAUACUUUGGUGCCUUCGGAGAGGUACAUGUCUCCAGAUUUCUUUAGAUUUGACUGUGAAUGGCUGCAAAAAGUCUCAUAGAAACUUCUCCAAAGACUAGAAAUGAUCAUGUGUGACAUUUCUGAUCAUCUAAACUAGGUGGAGUCCAUCGAACUUCCCAUGGAGAACAAGACGAACAAACGGAGAGGCUUCUGCUUCAUCACAUUCAAAGAGGAGGAUCCAGUGAAGGUGAUCAUGGAGAAGAAGUACCACAACAUUGGACUCAGCAAGGUACAGAUUUAUUCAUUUUUACCUCACUUAAACUUUUUUGUUCCUGACAUUGUGAGUGUGUAAAUAAAUCAUUCUGAUUGGUGUCUCCUCAGUGUGAAAUCAAAGUGGCCAUGUCCAAGGAGCAGUACCAGCAGCAGCAGUACUGGGGAGGAAGAGGCGGAUAUUCAUCCAGGUCUCGAGGAAGAGGUGGUGGUGAGUGUCUUUGACUGUUCAGAAAAACUCUGAGGUAGUCUCUUUGCUAACUUUUUUGUCCUCUAAUGCUAACUAAAUACACACUAAGUAAUGACACAAACACUUAAAUAUGUUAGAGGAUAAUUAUGUUGUAUUCAUUUCUUUGAAGCAAAACUGAAACCAAAUUUUGACGUCAGCUCAGGUCGUCAUCUGAAAUUCUUUCUGAGUGAAGCAGGAUAAGCGAGUUUGACGUGUCAUUGAGGGAAGUUGGAUUUGAAUGUUAAAAAAUGUUAGGAGAGAGCAGAAGAGACACCGUUUGAACGGAGUUCAGAAGGUUCAGCUUAGUGGUCAACUGCAUCAGAGUCAGCAGUAUGUGUACAUGUACAGUAUGAGGAAUUUGACUACGGUAAACUUUGCGCCUUUAUGUGCAAACAUUAAACAUGAAAUGAUACAGAAAUGACACAAUUUAGAAGUAUGUACAAGUUUGAACUAGAUAUUCAACUUAUAUAUACAAGACAGUAGUGUAAGGGUCAGGGCCCAACGAUGCAACCGUUUCACUCGCAUUUGCGAAAAAAAAAUAAGAUGUGUGCGAAUUGUAAAAUGUAUUUAGGGGCACAUGUACGCAUAAAAAAAUAAGCCGAGGCAACAAAUGUUUUUUUCAUGUAAAUACUGCGGUGAAGUUAGUUUUAGGUUGGAUAUUGGACGGACAUUCACUGCAGAUCUACCGGUGUCUUCUCACUCUCCAUAACCGGGAAUAGCAACAGCAGAGUGGUUAAAUCUACUCAGCACCCUCGCUUUCAACAUCAGGUGUUGAAUAAGGGACCAUCAAUAAAUUACCUGUUGAUGUUUUUUAAAAAGGCUGUUUUCCUUCAAUAGCUUCCAUGUCAUGUGACAUUGACCUAAAACUGAUUUGAAAUAAUAAUACUUAUGUCGACCAAUAACACACAAAAUUAUUUGAUCAAUUUUCAUUGUGCCCCUAAAGUUCUUUGUGUGGUCCUUACUUUUUCAACGUUGGAGCACAUGUGCUCCUUGUGAAAAAAGUUAGUGUCAAGCCCUGAUGGUGCAAUGAUGAAGAGUGCAGUGGAGUGAAGAGUGAGUGAGAAAAAUAUGUACAUGUGCCAAAUUUCCAUUUUGUUUUACAGUAUUAACAUCAAAUUAAAUAUUAAAUUACGGUGUGCAGACAUAUGUGUCUGAUGAGAGGACAGUUUAUAGAUAUGCUGAAGGUUAUAUAAAAAAAGUUAAGGCCACAAAACCUGUAUGAAAUUCAGGCCAGACAGACACACUACUCAGAUAUUGAGCUGGAUUUGAGGUUUCAUUGUCUCCACACAGAGUUUCUCCUUCUAUUGCAGCAUGCAGCUCAGUCCCCUGUCUCCCCUUCUCUCAGAUUUGAUACUAAUUAAGUUGUCAGGUUUUAGCUGCUAAUACCAUCCAGUGAAGAAGUGAGAAUAUUCUCCCCAAAUGGUUUCGCCAAGUUCUGCAGACAAGUCUAUGAGUUCCUGUGUUUGUCUACCCAGUUUAUUUUCUGGUGGGUUCUGUUAUCUAAAUAUGAAGAUAGAGACGUUAAGCCGUAGACAAUCUUGUUGUGAAAUCAUGAUGACUGACACACAUCUUCAGUGUUGGUUUGGUGCUCAUCUUCAAGAAUUAAUGCCACACGGGGGGACGAGGUGUUUGAUGAGCAUGAACAGUAGUGGUAGUGAAGAGGAAGAGGGACUGUGACAGCCAACGCAGCCUCUGGGACAACAGUGGCAGGAAGUUCUAAUAACAGACUGACUGGACUGGACCACAUUUAUAGUAAUCAGCUGGAAAAACGGAGCAGUGGUGAUAGUGUAUCCUGUCCACAUGUCAUUAUUAGCUGCCUUAGCUGGCUAAAGGAUUUAUCGUUCACCUGGCCACAGGAACACGAAAAUGAACAAAACAGUAACUAGAGCUGCACGAUAUAUUGUUUGAACAUCGUCAUGGCGAUGUACGUGUGCGCGAUAGUCACAUUGCAGAGCCUGUAGGAGGCGAAUGAACUCAGCCAAUUUCAAGGGUUGCUGACUGAGAUACACUGCAUGUGACCAUGCAUGUGCUGUGCAGCGAUCCACCAAUCACAUUCAUUCUUUACUCAGUUUCCAAUCAGACUGUCAGCUGUCAAUCAAAAUCAGAGGUGGAAACCACGCCCCUGUACAUGGAGUGAGUCGCUUGCGCUGCCGGUGUUGUGCUGAGAAACGCAUACCCGCUGGGAAUUACUUUCAGACCAUUACUCAUCACUGUUUAGCCCCACAAAUAAGAAUUGAGUGGGUUUUAAAUUGUACAUUUCCAUGGACCACUCUACUAUAAGCAGUGCGCAUUUUGUGAGGUGCAUGCAAUUCUCGACGGACAUGCGUUUCUCGCCGCAACACCAGUACCAACAACAACGAUUGCAAAAUGAGCAACGAACAAGAGAAAACCACCAAAAAUGAAGACUUGUUGCUUAAAAGAAAAGCAACAUCAGUUAUCUGGAAUUAUUUCGGUUAAAAGAAGGAUGAUGUGACCAAAACACGUGUUCUGUGUUCAUCUGUUUCCACAAUAACGUCCCAGCACAAUAAAAGCUCAAAAUAUCUCUGAGACAGACAGAAGCCAAUCUACUAACAUUCACAAAAAGAGGUAAGAUCAGUGCAGGUUAACUGUCCUCAAGAUUUCAGCAGAAAGUGCUAUUCAGGUCAUCUGGUGAAAAUUCCUGUAUUUUUUAAUAUCGCAAUACAUAUCGCAGGGUUGAAAAAUUUGCAGUGUUAGUCUUCUCCAAUAUCUUGCAGCCUUAACAGUAACCGUGGAGAGUUCAGUCAUUUCUGUGAUUUACGUCCCUUAAAUCCAGCCAGUGGUUUCACAGGUACGAUCCUUAUCCCCUGGUUUAUCUCCAGCCUGAGGAGAAGUGAAGAUAAAGCCUGACAUAGAAAGAUUAGACCAGCUAAGGUAGACUUAGACUUAGACUAAGUCUGAGUCUAAGGUACUGUGAACUGCUCCACUCUACUCCAAACUGUUUUUACAUAACAACAAAUAAUUCUUUGAGUUGUGCUUCAAAAAGUUUAAAUUUGAUGGAUGGUUGUUUGUCGAGAUGUCAAAGGUCAAACUUGGUCCAAACCUGUAAAAUCACACACACGCCUAAAGGGGGAGGAAAAAAGUUAAAACUACAUCAGCUGAUGUGACUCACUCUCAAAGUGAACAAUGCCGUCUAUCUGGUCGAUAAAGCCGUUCAUACGACCUUCUGUGAUCAUAUGGGAAGCUAUUUUCUCAGCCUGGGGACAAACAAAGGAGGCAGACAUGUCAGAUAUCACAGGGAAAUAAAAAAGUUACACUACUUACACUAGGAAAAGAAAAUGUGCUCUAGGGUCAAACAAACUUAAUCAGAUUCAAUUCAUAUCCAAACAAGUGACAUAAAUAAAAACUUAAGUAUAAAACUAAGUGUGUACGAGAUAUUCUGUACUUCUGGGGACAUGUAUCUGUUCAGUGAUCCAGCUGUUGUAUCAAAAUGGGUCAAAGGUCUUUACUCGCAGCUUCUCUGGUGUUAAAUAAUCUGGUUCAUGACCUUCGUAAAAACUCUGCUUUUACUCUCCUGUUUCACUGUUACAACCACACACUGUCAAAACAAGUAAGGAUGCCUCCUCUGGGGUGAAGUGGGUUUAAUCUGCAUUACCUUUAGUGGCCAGCAGGGGGCAAGUCCUCUGCCGUAAAACGAGGUCUGACUGCACAACAGUGUGAGAGAAAAUGAGCCAAAGUCUUGUUGGAUUUAUGACCCUAACAAUCAUUUGACUUGGGCGUUCCUGAUCCUGAUCUGGACUCUGAGAGCACAGUACUUAUGAAGAAAUAAAAGGUCCUUUUAAAGGGGAAAAAACUCCAAACAGUGAGGGUUUAAAACUAUCUGCAAACCAGUGGGAGCUGUUAAAGGCGUAGUCCACUGUUCUUGUACAACGUUUUAAAUCUUAAUCAGUAUUUCAGUAUUAGAGUCCACUAAUCUAUUAAAGAGUGAUUUAAUUUAAAUCCUGUGUUUUAUUUUCAGGUCCGAAUCAGAAUUGGAACCAGGGUUACGGCAACUACUGGAAUCAAGGCUACGGAAAUUAUGGCAAUUAUGGUUACAGUAAUCAAGGAUAUGGAGGCUAUGGUGGCUAUGACUACCCUGGUUACAACAACUAUUAUGGAUAUGGUGACUACAACAGUAAGAAACCCUUCAAUAAAACCCCCUGAUGAGCUUCAGUUUCAUGUCAGUUAUUUCAUCUCUCUUCCUCUCUCAGAAAAAAGUCUGAAACUAAAUCUUGUGCCACACCUGUAGAUCAAUCUGGUGGAUAUGGCAAGUCGCCACGGCGUGGUGGUCACACCAACAGUUACAAGCCGUAUUAAAGGGGAUGAUAAACCUCCUCUUCAAGUAGGUAUGUAAAGAUAGAAAUACUCCACUUACUGUAAACUUAAAGUAGUUUUAUUUACUUUGCUGUUUUGGUAACUUAAUGUGUAAUUCUUGUAAAUUUCUUUACAGUAGUGGUAACAUAGAGGCUACACUCUUUGUGGCGAUUUAUUUUAACAGCCGGCCUUCUGCUGCCUCUUUUGCACCUUCUUUUCUUUUUUUUUUUUUUAAGUGUAAAGUUAACAGGUAAAGUACUGCUACUACCAAAGUUAAGGAUGUGCAAGGAAACAGAAAAGGAAGUAUGUUGUCUCCUAACUCUGACAUACCUUGUUUGUACCUGCCAGCGGAGCUUCCUUGCAGGCCAUGAGCUGACUCCCAGAUACUCUCAGGGCCCGCUCAAUGCGGACCGGGUACGAGAAGCAUACGCUCUCGAAUGCUGCCAUUUGGUAUGGUCUUACAACAUCCUGUAUCAGCAUUUCUAAUCUAAAAACAAUAUGGGACACGUCCAGCUUUGUCAUCUUUCUUUCCAUUUUAAGUUGUUUGCAACUGUUUGUAAUGUAAACGUAAACUAUACACAUGUAAUUGUCAUUUUUUACAGGCCCUUACUCCCCCACAAGUAAUCUGUAAAUACAAUGAAUAAAAUUAACUAUUUGCUUUUCAAAGGAUACGUACAGCUUUCUCUGGACUUUCCAGUUGUUAAUCUUAUGCACUCCUAAUCUUAAUCUUAAAUGCUUGUUUCUUUAUUUAGCUCUUGUAGCCAGUAGUCCAUGAGCUAAAACCUGGAUGCUACUGUGUUGGGGGAUAAAGUGCUUUUACGUUGUGUACUUGUAUUGCUCUUGUUUGUGUUACUGACAGCGAUGGAAGAGACUCCUCUUUUGUUAAUUUUCUUGUAACAAAUUUUCUUCUCAUAACCUUUUUUAUGUAAAACAAAGCAGAAUCAAAGUGUGGCUACAUUUGCAGAACCGUACAUGUAAUGCUUUCUUUAAUGUGUAUUUUUUGACCGAUCGAAGGUUUCUUCCAUUUAGUAUUUUGACUUCUUCCAUUUGUUGCACCUCAGGAUUUCUAGCUUAUGGACUAACUAAUUUUUUUAACUGUAAAAUAAUUGUUCUCAGUUGCUUUUUCUUUGACAUUGGACAUAAUAAACACGGGGGAUUCCUUUAUUUUUUAUUUUAUGAACUCUUUCUCUCUCUGUCCUCUUGGAUUGAUUAGUCUCUGUUUGUUUUCCACAGGUGUCAGAGUGAUGAAAGGCGGCGUUGGCCCCAGAGAUGAUGCUAUCCAGCAAAAGCUGAUUGUAAGAAAAAAAACCAGGAGCACUUUGACCUACAAAACAUUGUCCUCUAAACUUACCGGAGUAUUUGUUGUAUCUUUAAACCUUUGGGGAUUUUUUGGUGUUUUUUGCCUUUCUUUAGAUCCCAGCUGUUUGCGUUCUUCUCACCCCUCCCUGUUUUUGUAUUUAUUGUUCUCUUCUGCUUCUUGUGAAUCGCUUCGUUUAUUUCAUGACGGAAAAACAGUAGAUUGGUUUGAAAAAAAAAAAUCACACAUAUAUACAGUCAUGUGGUAGAAAAAAAUGCUCUGUUGCAGUUUAUCCUCCUUAUUAUAACCAUCAGUCUUAUAAUACAUGUGUUAUUACAGAGGUUGACGACAUUCAGUAUAUACACAGGUAAUUAAAAUCUAUGAAAUGCAACAAUAAAAACAAUGAAACACUU